GUCCAGUUAUUGGGAUAUUUACCUUACUGAUCUAUUUUUUAUUUAAACAAAAGUGUAUAUUGACGACUCUGCGCACUUUUCUCUGAUCGUCAGUCUCCGUGAACGAAUAGCUUGCAUAACGGUACAAAUAGUGACAUCUGCCAAGAUGUUUUGUAAGUACAAGCAACUUGCAGGUCAGUGCAUCUGAAUUGCCUGAGUGCAUUGUCAUGAAACUGUCACCGCGCGCUCGCUCGCUCGUUCUCACGCGACUAAUAAAAUACGUUUAAUUAUCCACGAAAUUGCAAUCGCACGGUCGCGCUUGUGUGCAAGUAAUAAAGCGCUCGACAACGUACGAGAGCUGAGAAACGCUCGGCAUGAUAAUGUUCUUGGUCGUCUGCAAGUUUGAAGAAACGGAAAUAUAACCUCUGUCGCUGUCGUCGUAAUUCCAUUUGAUCUCCUAAUUGUUGCGAGUUGAAUUUGAAUUCAAAUCGCAUUCCGAUGUCUUCUCCACGAGCGAGAAUUUUUUCCUCGCAACUGUGCGCAGUGUAUCCCCUGUCGACCGCUGAUUUCAUUGAUAUUAUGUUUGACGAGCGCCUACACGAGGAUUCAGUGCUGUUCUGAGGAGCCGAUUUAACGAGGACCAACAGCGGGAAGGAUGCCAAGUUAUAUGAGCCUGGUGAGAUUAGUCCGGAGACGUCUUGUUCUCGGACUUAUCUUUGCCCUGUCGCUGACCUACUGUGCCUUUUCUUUGCUGCGAAAUGAGAAAAGGUCAUUGAGCAUGGACAACGAUCUCGAUGACAUGGAUCCUAUGAUGAUUAAUGACAACAACGAAGACUUGAUGCCUGACGACGAUACGCUCGCAGAACAGUUAAAAACACCUGGUAAAUCUCCGCUUUGGCAAGUGGAACUGCUUGAGCGAGCCGUCAAUGAUAAUGCAGCGAGCGUUGAUGCGACCAAUUUGAACGAGAGCGACACUUCCACUAAGCCCUGUCGCAAUUCUAUUCAAGGAAAAGCUCUGAUAGUGGACGAACGGGGCAUAGUAUGCGCCAGGCAUGAAGUUCUACCGAAUGGAUGUUGCAGAAUCGAGCAGAAACAGACCCCGAAGAACGAGGAGGCGCCGCUUAUGGCUAGGAGAGAAAGAUACAGUUGCAAAACGUGCAAUCCUCAAGGAUGCUGCACAAUUUACGAGUAUUGCGUCUCGUGUUGUCUGCAUCCCGGCAAGCAAAUCAAAGGUCGCAAGGACGUGGUGUCGGGUUCCGCGAAGGUGCAGAAGGAGGAGGACGCGGUGAAGACGCGCAUUCGCAAUCUGGAUCGCUUUCAAAUCUGCUUGGCCGCCUGUCGCACGUCGAGCGCCAGCGUGCGGCAUGAGAACACCUACAAGGACCCCUUCGCCAAGCACUGCUACGCCAUGCAGCCAUCGAAUUCUCACCAACGACAUCGGCGCGAUGUUGUUAAUUCAUUAAAUAAUAACGGCGACAGUCCCGCCGUUGUCGUUACUUCUUCUUCUGUGGUGAUGUUUCUUACUUACCUUCCUCCCGAAUGUCACUCUUCAUACCGUCCGACAUUGAAUGAAUCCUCUGUACCGUCUUGCGUCGAUCCUACCUUAACAUUACUCAACUACUAUUCUAAUCGCAUUUAAUACGUUUAAUACGUCUCCCUUGAAAAAUAC